CUCGCUAAUUAGAUCUACAUUUCAUGCUAGAGACGGCUUUAAAGUCUAAAACACGAUGGUCCGAUGCAACCUCUAGCAGCAACCUCGUUUCGCGCGAGCUGAGUGCGUGGCCGCAACCAUGACCGAGAAAUUUCCAUCCGUAGAGGGCACGAACCAGCAAGGUGCCGCCGAUAAUGACUGCGCAUACUUCGGGCCCCUCGAUUCAGAACACGCAGGAGCGGAGCCAUCCGCGCCGGCCCUGGAAACUGGACCCCCAUGUACGCCGACAACGGAGCAGCCACCGGCACGCCCGCAUCCCUACGCCGCCCAAGAUAUUCGUCCGACUCCCAUCGACCGUUCGCAAUCGGCCAUUCGGCUUCGCAGGCUGAGGGUCCCGAAUCUUCCAUCAAGACUGGUCCCCGUCCAGAUCAUCGAGCAAGAAUCACCGGAUGGGCGCCGUCGGUCAAGCUCGGAACCCAACCGACCCCAGUUUCCCCCUGGGACAGCAUGGACAGCGUUACCGCCUUUGGCCGAAGCUUCAUCAAACCGUGAAUCGAGCCUCGGGGCUGUGCCAGUGCCGGCCGUAGCCGCACUUCCGCCAGGAUCGCACCCACAAGAACAAGGCCAUCGCUUCGGUAGGCGGCGUGGCCGGACCAUUCAAGGGCAACCGUUGCGCCAGGCACAGGACAAGGACUGUUACGACUCAAGAAUCGUCGACUUUCUAGACGUCGUUGAUCCCGAAGUGGCGACCCUCUCCUCUAUCACCAACAUUCAAAACUCCCUUUUCGUGCCGUCCCUCGGCAGAUGGGUCAAUCGCAGGCCGACAUACGACCUCUCCCAGUUACCACCAAUACCCGGCGCGUUUCCUCCUUCGAGGGAGGAUCUGCCAGGCACAGAAAGAGAAGGAUUAGAGCAUUCGCCAGCGCCGGCCCGUUCCCCAAGCCUAUCUUCGGUUCUGAGCGAACCCCAGUACGCCAUUCUCCCCAAUGACGCCUCGCUGGAAGGCUGGUCCGAGGAAGACAUCAAAGCCCUGAACGACUAUGUCCGCCAUAUGCUGCACUCCCGCCGGUCCAAGAUCAAACAGCGCCUCAAGGCAUUCGGCAAAUACGCCAGACGGCCGCUCGGCUUCCUUAUCACCCUCUAUGCUACUCUGAUUACACUCUUUGGCCUUGCCUGGGUACUGUUCCUGAUCGGGUGGAUCUACGUGGGAGACAGGCAGCUCUACGCCAUCACUGUUAUUGAUUAUACCCUGGUUGCCCUGUUCGGCGUGGUCGGUGAUGGGUUAGCCCCGUUUCGCGCCAUUGACACAUACCAUAUGGUGUUUGUAGCUCAUUAUCACCGAAAGACGUGGAAAGAGCGCAAAAAGCUUUUGCUGCCAAAGCUGCGGGAUCACAACGACCUGCCGACCGGCGAUGGCGACGGCGACGGCAGCCCAAAUCAGGACCUCGAAGCCAACAAACAACAACAAAAGGACCAGUUCUUCCCUGUACUCUCCGAGAAAGAACAAGCCCGGUUGGUACACCACCAGACCAAGCUCGCUAAAUCACAUACUUUCUACAAGCCGCACGAAACUGAGACUCAUCACGCCUUUCCUCUUCGUUUGCUCAUCGCCAUCGUGCUCCUCCUUGACCUCCACAGCCUCCUCCAGAUCGCCCUUGGAACGUGCACAUAUGGACACAUAGGGGGUACCGCAACGACAACGGCCCUCCUAUGUUGUUCCAUCGCGACAAACAUCACGGCCGGCAUUCUCAUCUCGAUCGGAGAUCGGCGGACGCGCAAGAAGGAUGUCCUCGAACGGCUUCUGAAACAGGACCUCACGAGCGAGGUCAUGAAGAAAAUGCGCAAAAAGAAGCAGAAAGAGGCACAGAAGGAACAGGCCACUGGCACCAGGGAAAGCAAGGACGACGGAAACAAGAUGGGCACGACGUCGUUGACGGCCGGCCUACACCCUAUACGGGAAUUACUGAGUCACAAGAGCGACGAGGGCCAUGAUGAAAAGGCGCAGACAGAGGCACCACAGAAACAAGAAUCUGAGCCUGAGGGUCGGGACUUGCGUGAUGUGAGCGACCCUCAUAUGCGGAUUCCAGGGGCGUUCCCGUAGAGGCAAGAUGUGUUAUAACUCAUGAAUCCAUGAUGGACGUGGGGAGUUUGGUGUAACAAGGCUGUACUUAAUAAACUUAUAUUUCUUAGCGCUAGAUUUAACGACUAUCCUAAAU